UUUCCAAAUGAAUAUAAGGGGUAGAUCUAGAAAGCAGUAUUGCAAAAUCCUCCUCAACUGUUCUGAUCAGGCUCAACAGUCCUAAAGACGUUAUAAUUCAACAUGAGAGUUCUCAUUUUGCUGGCCUUUGUCAUUGGAGUGGCCUACUGCGCUCCGCAAUCACUGUAUUAUGAGCUAGAGUACAAACCUGUCGUCGCUCCACAGGGUCUUCAUGCAGCUGACGCUGCAGCUGGACCUUCAGAAAUUGAGAUUCUCUUGGCAGCAGCUCAGCAGGCAGCUGGAGUUCCUGGUCAGCCUGUCCGUGGUUUCAUUAAGCACGAGAUUCCCCAGCCCGCAGGCAAAGAAAGUAUUGAAGUUCUGUACCCAUUCGGCUUUCCUCAAGCUGCUCCAGCUGCCCCGGCUGUACCUGCUGCCCCUGUUGUUCCUGCUGCCCCUGCUGCCCCUGCUGCCCCUGCUGCCCCGGCCCCUGUUCCAAAGGACGAUGAUGAUGAUGAUCAUGAGGACUAAACCAGAUUGGUUGUUUAAAUGAACAAGAUAAGCUGACCACCAUUUCCUGAAUGACAAAUAAGCUGCUUUUAGUGUUUAGCAUAUUGACUCCAAAAAAUGCUUUCCCCCUUUAGAAAUGAUGACGAUCUGUCAAAUGGUGCUUUCUCAGUGGCUUGAUGCAUGGGAGCCAUAAAAGUCAUUGCUUUUUUGCAACCAUGUUUUUAAAUCUUGAUUUAUAAUAAACUGUUCAAUCAA